AUGUCGACCUCUGUUAAUUCGACCCUACCCGCGAGCUCGAGGACCCCAUCGAUACCUGCAACCCAUACUCCAGAGUCUGCAUACACAAAUGGACAUCAACAUGUUCACCACCAUGAUAUGGGUGCGCAUUCCGGAUCGGGAAACAUGGGGAAGAAGGGGAAACAGAAGAAAGCUACGGACCCGACAGAGGCUUCGAACUUGAUCGCGGCCAAGAUAUCGCAACUGGAGUCCGAUGCUGCGGGUGACAAGGAGCAAGAGGCUGAAAUUGAACGAGAAAGACGAAAGUAUGCUCGAGAGCUGAACAACCUCACUGGGAAAAUGGACGACUUGCAAAGGAUCGAUACGUUGCAGACCCGCGUCUCCGAGCUCUUCACAAAUAUGAAGCGUCUGGAGCGAGAGAACCAGAAGAACAAGAAACGGGGCGAUCAACUUCAAAAGGAGAGAGACCAUGCUAGAACAGACUUCACCAAACAAACCAGCCUGAGGGAAAAGCUCGAGAAACUCUGCAGAGAACUUCAAAAAGAGAACAAUCGACUCAAGAACGAGAAUAAGACUCUACAGGAUACCGAGAAAGAGAAUCAUGCAGGUUGGGAUGAGAAGUUCAAGCAAGUUUUAUGGCAAUUGCAAGAUUAUCAAGAAGCCAAAGAUCAUCCGCAAGCUCAGGUUGUCAAUAUCGAAAUGGACGAGCUGUUCAAACAGCGCUUCAAAUCCUUGAUCGAUCAAUAUGAGCUUCGCGAGCUUCACUUCCACGCUUUACUCCGAUCAAAAGAAUUAGAAGUUCAGUACAAUAUCGGCCGUUUUGAUCGGGAGAAGAAGUUAGCAGAGACAGAGAAUUCAAGGUCGCGCGCGUUAAAUGCACAGGUCUUGACUUUCUCCAAGACAGAAACCGAAUUGCGAAAUCAGCUCAAUAUCUACGUCGAGAAGUUCAAGCAGAUGGAGGAAAUGUCCAAGAAGACAAAGCGACUGGAGAAGGAGAACAUGAAUUUAACGAGGAAACAAGACCUUACUAACCAGAAUAUCUUGAAGAUGGCAGAAGAACGUACCAAGACCAACGAGGAACUCAAGGAGAUGCGGAAGAAGAAUGAUAAACUGACUAGUAUCAUCAACCAGAUGCAGAAGCAGGGAAGAGGGGUAGCUGGUGGAAUGGCAGGUAUGGUGGCAGGAAGUCAAGAGGGGGAAUACGUUGAGGGGGAAACGGAAAGUGAUUACGAAUACGAAGACGAGGAAGGCGAAGAUGGUGAUGGCGAGGAGGAUGAUGAAGAUCAUGGUAGUGAAGUCGAUUAUAAUGAGGACACUGAGGAGGAGGUCCAACUUCAAGGUCCGAAGCCAUUUGGCCCAGUUCCCCCACCGACAUUGGCUACAAAUGGGGUUGCUGCGAAUGGUGUCAAGCAUUAA